UAAAUAUUGUACAUUUUAAUUGUACAAUUGCCAGAAUAUCAUAUCCGUCCAGAGUUUAUUUAAAGGAUGGUGUCCAUUGCAAAGAUAUCUAAUAAUGUUUUAGUUGUAUAUGACGCGUUUUCUUCUAAAGAAUUAAAUCACUUUUGGAAUAUUUUUUACGCAACGAUUGAAACAUUUUUCUGCAUUUUAGUACGAAGGGUGACACUACGAGAAGUAAUUAGGAAUUAUCUUAAACUAAACACAUACUCAGUUUUUAAGACAACAAACAUUCAAUAGAAAUCAACGGUCGCAGAAUAUCUUCUUAUUUCAAUUCUGAGAUUUCAAGUUAUUUCUAGGUGUUAUUUUGUCUAGUGCACAAAUGGAAUACUAUCGAAACUUUGAAAAACACAGGGAAACCAUCGAAAGGACUAUAACUCAUGAAGGAGUACCAGAAAUUGCAAGGCGAAUGCAUGAGAAUAAUAUAAUAACCGGCGAAGAAAAGUUCCAAAUUAUAAAUUUGACUACACAAAAGCGUGUAAAAAAACUUCUUGAUGUAGUGAAAGAAAAAUGUUGCUUCAUGAAGUUCAUAGGGAUAUUAUACACAUGUGGAUUUAAAGAAUGCGCACAAUUGGUUGAAGGCAAUGCUGUGGUCAGCAUUCAAGAAGAAAUAGAACCAAUCAAUGCACAGAUGGAAUCAGAUUUACAAGAAGCGAGACAGAACAUUAGACAAUUACAAUGUUUCAACGAUAGGCUUCAGCGCGAAAGAGAGGCGCUGAAUUUAAGGAUUAGAGAACAAGCCAAUAGUUUAAAACUUAUGCACAGAAAGGAUGAAAUUUACGCAGAAAAAUGUAAAGAACUAAAUCAAACAAAGAAAGAGCUGAAACGAAUCGAAGAAAGAAUAGCAACGAUUGAUAGUAGGGAUUUAGUCAGAGAAAAUACACUACUACAGGAAGAUAUUGCGGCAUCAAAAGCACAAGUACAAAGCCUUGAAGAAAAAACUGAUGUUAUGCGUAUACAGAGUAUUCGAAUGGAACAAAAGGUGGACGGCCUUAACAACAAAGUUGAUACACUAAUCAAUCUAGUGUCUGGACAAGCAAUUAUACCGUCAGGAACUUCAUAUGCUCCAAUAACGCUUGAGUCUGAACUAACACUUGUAGGUUCAGAAACAUCAUCUACACCUGUUCCAAUUAUGCUAGAGUCUGAACCAACACUUGUAAUGUCAGAAAGAUCAUCUAGAUAUGUGCCAAGACCGGGUAUAUCAGCAGCACAGGUUGUAAAAUUACCACCUAUAAAGAGAAGUACAUAACAAGCAUUUUAUAGAAUUGUUGAAUAAAUUCCAUUCCUUUAAAAUCUAGAUGAACCUACUUUGAAGAACAAACUCUUAAAAAAUCUCAUUAAAGAUUAAAAUGUAUCUAAUGGUAUUGUAUUGUAUUCAUAUUAUAGAUAAAGUUUGUCACAAUU